AAUUAUAGAAAUUUCCCCUACUCGCCGAAAUGGGGACAAAUGCAAAGGCAGCAUUGCAGUGGAACAAUCCAUCAGCACACAAGCGCAGAAGACAACAUAGUACAAUUCCAAACACAUAAAUUUCAAUAAUGUUUUCUUCUUCAAUCACUCUCAAGCCCUUUCUUCAAUCCCUUGUCCUUGAUCAUUACUCUCAGAACACAACUGCUGCAAAUAGGUGGGAGUGUUUAGGGUUUUACAAUUCAGCAAAUUUCCGGACCAAGAGACUGUUGUGUGCUAAUGGGUUCAAGCUGAAUUGUUUGGUUGAUAGAGAGAUGGAUGUGGGUUCACCAUCUUUGGUGGAUGAUGCUGCAAGGUGCUUAAGUGAAGAAGAGAUAAGGGAACCUAGUAUUUCGACAAUGGUGAUGAAUUUUGAGGAUAAGUUUGAUCCUUAUGGAGCAGUUAGUCUCCCACUUUACCAAACUGCUACUUUUAAGCAGCCUUCUGCAGUAGAAAAUGGUCCCUAUGACUAUACUAGAAGUGGAAAUCCUACUCGAGAUGCUUUAGAAAGCUUACUGGCAAAACUUGAUAAAGCAGAUAGAGCCCUGUGCUUCACCAGUGGAAUGGCUGCUUUGACUGCUGUUGCUCAUCUUGUUGGAACUGGUGAGGAAAUUGUUGCUGGAGAUGAUAUUUAUGGUGGCUCAGAUAGGCUGCUGUCUCAAGUAGUUCCAAGGACUGGAGUUGUGGUGAAGCGGGUAAAUACAAGUGAUCUAAAUGAGGUUGCAUCAGCUAUUGGACCCAGGACUAAGCUUGUGUGGCUUGAGAGUCCAACCAAUCCUCGGCUACAAAUAUCUGAUAUUCAAAAAAUAGCAGAGAUGGCUCAUUCACAUGAUGCUCUUGUGUUAGUGGACAAUAGCAUAAUGUCACCUGUGUUGUCUCAGCCAUUGGAACUUGGAGCAGAUAUUGUCAUGCACUCAGCUACCAAAUUCAUUGCUGGACAUAGUGAUAUUAUGGCUGGUGUGCUUGCUGUGAAAAGUGAAAGGUUGGGAAAGGAACUGUAUUUCUUGCAAAAUGCAGAGGGUUCAGGCUUAGCUCCAUUUGAGUGUUGGCUUUGUUUGCGUGGAAUCAAGACAAUGGCCCUGCGAAUUGAAAAGCAACAGGAUAAUGCACAGAAGAUUGCUGAGUUCCUUGCUUCCCAUCCUCAAGUUAAGCAAGUGAAUUAUGCUGGCUUGCCCAAUCAUCCUGGACGUGAUUUACACUAUUCUCAGGCAAAGGGUGCAGGGUCUGUGCUUAGCUUCUUAACAGGUUCCCUCGCACUUUCAAAGCAUAUUGUUGAAACUACCAAAUACUUCAGCAUAACCGUUAGCUUUGGGAGUGUGAAGUCUCUAAUAAGCAUGCCAUGUUUUAUGUCCCAUGCAAGCAUACCUGCGGCAGUUCGUGAGGACAGAGGAUUAACUGAAGAUCUUGUACGUAUAUCUGUGGGAAUUGAGGAUGUGAAUGAUCUCAUCGCUGAUCUAGACAAUGCACUUAGAACUGGCCCUCUCUAAAUUUAUUUAUUUAUUCUAAAUAUUCAAUCUUAAAGAAGUUGGAUUGAACAUUAUUUUAGCAUGUUAUUGUUGAGGAUUUGGGAGCUUUGUUAUUCUAUUUUUGGAGCCUUCUGUGUGGAAACUUUGUGUUUCUUAGAUCAUGUGCAUGUAAAGAUAUCAACAUUUCCAAUAAUUUUAAUGUAGCAAUUGCAAUCUUCAUCCGCAAGUAUAUUGGAUUAUAUAAGCUUUGUCGC